GCAGCGGGUGAGCAGUAAAGGCUUGAAUAGAUUAUUCACAUGCACAUAACCACAUCCACACACCUAAACACAAACACAUCAUCCUCACGAUGCACGGCUGGAGUCAGCGGCUCUUCAUCAUCACCUGCUUGGUGUUUGAAUUUCUGCAGUAUGACGCAGUGCGUGUCACAGUGCGGGAGUCCAGUGUGGAGGUGGUGCGGGGCGACUUCAUCACUUUACCCUGCUCCUUCUUCACCAUGAUGCCCCUGAUCCGCCUCAGCAUCAUCUGGACCCUGACUCCUUUUUCGGACCAAGACCAUCCCACACAGGUGAUUGUGUAUGAUCAGGGGCAGGUGAUCGAAAGCCCCUCCUUCACUGGCAGGGUGGCGUUUGCGAACAUGCCCUGGAACGCUGAUAUCAUCCUGAAUGAAACACGUGUUUCUGAUGCUGGUAUCUACCGCUGCCUAGUGAGCAAUCCACCAGACACUGGAGACCCUGGAAUUGGAGAACUCAGCCUCAGAGUUCUGGUGCCCCCAUCUCUGCCUGUCUGUAUGUGGGAGGGCAACACUGACGUAGGUGGAACCGUCACACUGACAUGUCUUAUACUGGAAGGCGUCCCCACUCCACAAAUGACCUGGGAGAAGCUGGAACCAGAUCACAUCACCUUGCCCAUCAGCAUGGGGGGGGAGCUAAUGGGCUUGGUGCAAAUCUCAAACAUAUCUGGCCAGGACUCAGGUGUGUAUCGCUGCUCUGUGACCAACACUCUGGGGACACAAAACUGCUACGUGAAUCUCUCUGUGUACAUCCCUAAACAGGCAACUGCCCCAGGCCUCCUGCAGGGGGCGCUGAUCACACUUUCCAUGGGCUUGGUGCUGCUGACCCUGGUGGCAUUGGUGCUGUGGCUCCACCGCUCGGCUCAGGAGAGCAAAUGGACGGAUGGCUGUGUGGAGGAGUGUUACAACGAGAUCACAUGCACUCCCUCUGUAGUCAAGCGCUCGUUUGUUUGAGCUCUUCGAAAUUGGGAUUGCGUUUGGGUUCUAUGAUGUCCAGAAUUGUUUUGAGAUAUAUGAUCUCGUUUUGAGAUACAUAAUGUCUGGUGCAAUGAUUGGUCUAUUAUUAAAAUACAGAGUAAAUGGUG